UCGACCUGGCGCCGACGACUUGAAGGACCUCCUAACCUUAACCUAAUCUGAUCAGAAGGUACAAAAAGAUGAAGAGCUGCCUUGUUAAAAAUGCAAAACAUUUUUUGCAAAGAAAUUUCAUCAGACCAAUCAGUUCUUUGGCAUUACUGCCGGAGACUCACCAAAUGUUGCAUAAAAUGUUGAAAGGCUUUGCAAAUGAAGAACUCAAGCCUAAAGCUGCUUUGAUUGAUAAAGGAGUCUUUCCUAAGGAGCAAAUUAAAAAAUUAGGUGAGCUUGGUAUGAUGGCAAUAAAUGUUCCAGAGAAGUUGGGUGGUGCUGGUUUGAAUACAUUAGCAUAUUCUAUCGGGAUGGAGGAGAUAAGUAGGGGAUGUGCUUCAUGUGGUGUCAUUGUCAGUGUUAACAAUAGUCUUUACUUGGGAUCUUUAAUGAAGUUUGGGACAGAUGAGCAGAAAGAAAAGUGGGUUGUUCCUUUCACAAAUGGAGAUAAAAUUGGAUGCUUUGCCCUCAGUGAACCUGGCAAUGGUAGUGAUGCAGGGGCGGCAUCGACAACAGCCAAGGACUGCGCUGACCACUGGCUCCUCAAUGGCACAAAAAGUUGGAUAACAAAUGGACCUGAGGCUGCUGCUGCUAUUGUUUUUGCCACUACAGACAAGAUUAAAAAGCACAAGGGCAUAAGUGCCUUCAUAGUUCCAAAACCAGUUGAUGGUUUGAGCUUGGGGAAGAACGAAGACAAGCUUGGUAUUAAGGGGUCAUCGACCUGCCAACUCGUUUUCGAAGAUUGUAAAAUCCCAAAAGAAAAUAUUCUUGGUGGUCCUGGUGCUGGCUUCAAAAUUGCUAUGACAGUUCUGGACAGCGGUAGAAUCGGAAUUGCCUCACAGGCACUGGGCAUUGCUCAGGCAGCCCUAGAUUGCGCUGUUGAAUACUCUUUAAAAAGAGAAGCUUUUGGGUCACCAAUCUGUAAACUGCAAUCCAUUCAAAUGAAGUUAGCUGACAUGGAGACGAGGCUUGAAUGUGCCCGACUGCUGACGUGGAAGGCAGCCAUGUUGAAAGAUACUGGAGAAUCAUUUUCUAAAGAAGCUGCAAUGGCAAAACUGGUUGCUUCAGAAGCUGCCACGUACGUUUCCCAUCAGUCAAUGCAGAUAUUAGGAGGCAUGGGUUAUGUGUCAGACAUGCCGGCUGAGCGUCAUUACAGAGACGCCAGAAUUACUGAAAUUUAUGAAGGCACCAGUGAAAUUAUGAGAAUUGUUAUCGCCCAAAACUUGUUGAAAGAAUAUCAUUUUUAAUUUAUUUUGAUUCUGAUCAUGAAUUUAUUGUAUUAUAUACAUUACGCCAUUUUGCAUCUUUAAUUUGUUAAUAUACUAAACCUUUGCCUUUAUUUUUCUACACUUUUUUCGAUGGUGCAGUUGAACAUUUUUAUUUUACGAUAUAUUAAAAAUUGUAAAUGUUUUAAAAUUGUUUGGUUAUAUACACUCAAUAUAAACCUAUGUGUGACUCUUAAGUCUUAUUAUAUGGGCAUAUUUGUUGCAGAAUUAUAUAGUGGUGAUAAUCGCAAAAAUUAUUUUGUAAUAUUUAAUCAACCUUGAUGAACGUUU